AUGAAAAUGCAACCCGUCAGUGACAGUGCUGCGAUGACUACACCAACACUUUCCGGACAGUCCCCGACCAAGGGGGACGACAGAAGGCGAAGGAGCCCUAGGAAAGCCAGUAACGAUAAAUUCGAUAAGACCAAUAUGGAACCGCUCUCACCAGAGUCGUACCCCCGAGGGCAUUCAGGGUCCCCACUAGCGUCGUAUACUGGCCUGGUGACUCCACUCAAUAGGCCCUGUAGGGCAGCAUCAUCCUCUAUUGGUCACACCACCACAGCAGGGGGAGGGGGCUUUGGCUCACUAUAUGGCGGUAGUCCCAGUACCAGUGCUGGCCUGCCGUCUCCUCCUCCUGUUAGAAGUAUCUCCUUCAAUGGUGCUAGCGAGGCUAUGCAUCAUCAUCACCAUCAGGGAGGGUUAGUUCCCCCUGGUACUGGUAAAAGGUCAAAUUCGAGGUCGGGCUUUCGUAUUUUUUGCCGUGUGGAUUGCCGUGCAUCUCCUCAAAGACCGAUCCCAUCUAGAGAGGCCGUCUGUGAUUACUUCAGCUACUUCGGUUCAAUUCUGGAUUGCUAUCUACCAGAGUCGGCCACCAACGUUGCAUACGUAUGCUUUGAGGACAGCCAGUCUCUUGAGGAUGUCAUGGCACAGGAGCGCCCUCACGUUGUAGAGGGGACCCAACUCACCGUCACUAGGGCCCAACCUCGCCCAGACUACUCGGUCAAUACUGAUAGAAUAUUUGUCAAACACGUGCCAGACAGUGCCACCAGAUUGGAUCUGCGUGCUUACUUUAAUAACUUUGGUGAGGUCACGGACGUCUACAUCCCGAAGGAUAAAGCCACCGGUGCCCAGCGUCGCUUCGCCUUUGUCACAUUCCGUGAUGUACGCUCGGCUAGAGCGGCUCUAGGAGCGAGCACGCAUGUGAUACAUGACCAAGAGGUUCAGGUUAUGCCAGCUGAGGCCCGUCCACAGUCGACAUCAACUUCGACCUCGAUGGUUGGUCAUAGUUCCCCACACACUCGUCCAUCUCCAGUGAUGGAACCCUACAAUCGAACUAUGAGGAGUCAAACAGACUCCAUGGUAUUGCCCGCCUCUAUAAGUAGCAGUACUACUACUACGACUACUGGGAGGAGACCCUCGACACCGUUGGUGCCUCUUCUACCGGCACCUCGGUCCGAUGGGUUCAAUUCUAUAGAUGAGGGCUGUAUCGAAACGGUCCCAUCAUGGCAAUAUUCGCAGCCAACGAGGGCCGCAGAAGUGAACAGAAAUGAACCCACGGACGAUAUGGGUGAUGACGCCCACAUGGUGUCUUUGGCGACGUCGGUUAGUCACUUACUGGACAGCAGUCCGAGUAGUAUGGGAGGAGGCAGUGACGAGGAAGCCGGCAAUCACAGCCCUGAGAAGCUGCUGAAGGAAAGCCUCAGGAGGACAGUGGAUGUGGAGGAUCAGGUUGCACGUCGGUCUCUGGAGUCACCCUUUGCCAAUGCGAUGUCACCGUUGUUGAGCUUUGAGGAAUUUGUUCCGGCCCAACUGCCCCCUGCGGUCAUUCGAGACGGUCACCAAACCCCAGCCGUGUCGAGAUCGCCGUUCGUCCUGUAG